UGCACACUGGGUGACUUUUUCAUUCCAGUUUUCCACAUGGCAAUAAAGAGAAACUCGAAAUUGCUCUCUUACUUGUCAGUGCAGUAUCCGGAUUUUAGUCUGACCGAUCCUGCACCUCGUCUCAACUCUUUGUAUUCCGAUUUUUCAAAGUUACGCACCCUCAAUCGCUACGCGUACGAUGCGAACAAACGAUAUUGGCGUUCUGUCAUCCUUGACUGCAAUGCGCACGGCUGUCUGGGUUCCGGAGACUACAAUUUGGUGGUGGACAGGAGUAUUAUGGCGGAACAGUUCUUGCGGCCUAUUACCGGCAAGCCUUUGGCACUGGACUGUGUACUUGAAGGGAUGGUGGAGAAGGGUGAACUGAUACCUUUGGAAGAUUUUAUGCGAACCUUUGCGUCCCAGACGUGGCUCUCGUGGACCUAUGAGACGUUCGUCAAGGGUUCCUUGUACUGGAUAGGAAGGACGGGCCCUUCGAACCUUCUGGUGGUUAUUCCUACGAUCCGACAGAUAACCAAACAUAUUCAGCAAUCCCACUACCACACGCCUGUAAAAAGCGCUUGCGACCACAUACUGACACUGUCAGAGUUCAAAACGCUUUACGGACAGUACAACAAUGUGACGUUGACGGACGAAGAUAUGGAGUUAGUUUUAACGUACAUGAGCUCACAGAUGGGAGUGGCCGUUGCAGAUAAUGUACGAGGGUAUGGUACUACAUACACGAUGAUCAAAUUUCCAGAAAAUAACAACAAUGUAUCGAGUGGAGCGGUUAUCUCUCAGCACGAUAAAGCCAUUAUCACGAUCCGGACCACAUGCCAAGCUCUCCAUGCACAGGUGAAUGAACUGCAACGCAAGAUAGAGGAAUUAUCCGAACUUUCCAAAUACCACCAUAAAUUAAAACAUACAGCUCAAGCAUUGUAUGCAUUGAAACGACGGAAAUAUCUUGAAAGCAUCUUGGAGAAACGGCUACAAUCACUUGAAACCAUGGAUAACAUGUUGAUGAGUAUUGAAGCGUCGCAAAAUGAUUUACAGAUUGUGCAAGCCUUCAACACUGGUGCAAGCGCUUUGAGAGCGAUUCUGCGUGAUAGUGACUUGACGGUGGACUCGGUGGACGAAGUGAUGACCAAGCUGCAAUCGGCGUUUGAAGAUCAGAAGGAGGUGGAGGAUGCGAUUGCUAUGGGCAGCGAAGAAACAAUGAAUAGUCAGUUGCCAGGUUUGGACAUGGAUGAACUACAAAGAGAGCUCGACUCUUAUGCCGAAUCCGAAACAUCGUUGUUGCCUGAAAAAUCCACACCACCACCGAGAGCCGCUUCCAUGGCUCCCGGCGAACAUCCUUCACUGUCUGUCCCCAUCUCUCCACCCGCUCCCUCAACAUCCCCUCCCAUUAUGGAUUCCGAACUUGCACGCUUAAAUCAAGUACUUUCCAGUAUCAAAACUCCACCAAAAGAUACAAGGACAAAGCAUCAAGAAUACGCUGUAUGAACGUCCCAUUGUAGAUAUCCGUGUCCCUUCAUUUUACCUCGAUAGUUUAUGUAAAUCAAUAUCUCUUGACAUAUUCAACCCAACUUUACUUUUGAUACGAGUGAACCCUAUUUGUACAUGCACAGCGUAUCCCAGGAUAAAGACAAAGCAAUGGCUAGUUUAAUUAUCCAAGAACUGUUCCGAUUUUGG